AUGACUCCAUCUCUAAAUGAUCCGCGGUAUCGUCCCGCUUUGCUCGCGCUUGCAGGCAUUUCGGCAGCUUAUGCCAUCUACCUCAUCCGUCAGCGAUACCUUACCCCCCAACAGAAUCCCGACCGACAAACACAGCUUAGACGACGGAAUGCAAUUCGACGUCAUGAUUUACCAAGGCGCAAUCGAACCAGAUCCUCGCCGCGCGGUGAAGAUUCAAUAGAAGUCAGUGAGCAGGCUAUUGCCGCGUUGCGAUCUCGAGAGGCAGACGGAAGAUCGUAUGGCUUCCUUGACAUACACUCUAUCCAGCACGAACUGGGGCAAGAUACGGCUCGUAGACACGAGAUACAAUGCCCACUGCUGCCCGGAAUGCUUCCUACCGUGGAGCAAUUUCAGACGCAGGAGGGCAUCACCGAGGAGGAUGCUCAGGUGCUUCGAAAUCAUGCCGAAGUCAUGUUCAUGGAUGCUUUUUUGGCUAACCAGUAUCCACCGAGUCAUCAUAUCGCCUCGCUUGAAGCGAGCUACCUGAGUGAAGAAUUGAGCAACAUGGGAAUAGGAUCAGCGGUCAUACAGCAAUCUAUUGAGAGAUUCAACACAGAUCCAAACUUCGGCUCGGAGAUGCGGCAAAACCCCAAUAAUGGCGCUCGGAAUCCUGCACUUGCUGACGGAGCGGCCGAAUACCAGCGGUUAGGGGAUAUAAUGCAGGCUCUAGACGGGGGGGAGACCAUCGGUGAUGAGCAGAGUAACUUUGAGUGGCGGGAAGGAAAUGGAGCUGGAAGUGCAGACAGACAAGAGCAAAAUACGUUGAAUCUGCUCUACAACAUCGCGGCGGACAAAGCGAGAAUGGACGGCUAUAUCCACCGUGGUGUCACGUGCGAUGGUUGUCAUACAAUGCCCAUACACGGUAUCAGAUAUCGAUGCGCCAACUGUCUGGAUUACGAUCUGUGCGAGAGCUGUGAGGCCCAGGAGCUCCAUAUUAAGACGCAUAUCUUCUACAAAAUCAGGGUUCCGGCUCCAUCUAUGGGGGCACUUGGCAACUCCCGCCAGGGUUUACCAGUCUGGUAUCCUGGAAAGCCAAGCGCUAUGCCUCCGGGUCUACCGCGGCAGCUGUCAAGCCGGCUUCUGCACGAAACAGGAUUUGACACUGCGGAACUUGAUGCCCUAUGGGACCAGUUCAGAUGUUUGGCUGGCUGCGUGUGGACCAGUGAUCCCAAUAAGCUUGGGAUGGCGAUUGAUCGUAAAGUUUUUGAUCGAUGUUUUGUGCCGCCGCUCUCGAUACGACCGCCACCACCGAAUCUGAUCUAUGAUCGCAUGUUCGCUUACUAUGACACCAAUAACGACGGACUGAUCGGCUUCGAAGAAUUCCUGAAGGGCCUCGCUGGUCUCAACGAUAAAAGCAGAGAAGGAAAACUGAGGCGUAUCUUUCAAGGCUAUGACAUCGAUAAUGACGGAUACAUUGACCGAAAGGACUUUUUGAGAAUAUUCAGAGCAUUCUAUACACUAAGCAAAGAGUUGAACCGAGAAAUGCUUGCUGGAAUGGAGGAAGACCUGAUGGAAGGCGGUGCUCGAGAAAUUAUUCACGGGAGCCAGCCUAUCAGUUCAGCGUUCCCCAGUAAUAUUCCGGAUGGGCAUGUAUCUCGAAGUGGAACUGGGAAAGAAGUGGAUGCGAAUGGGGACCUCACCAUUACUGACCACAGAGGUGUUCUCGAUGAAGAUGCCCAUGAUAUUGGGGACCGCAAUCAGAUCAUCGCAGACAUCGCCAUCAGCUACCCGGCAACUCAUCCGCGUGCUUUCCGACCACAGACUUCGACAGAUAGCCCGUUGCCCGGAACAAGCCAAGUCGAGAGUGUUGCGCCGAACAUUGACUCGGCGCCUGACGAAAACCCACUGACAGAGAGUUAUCCUCCAACAGACGAAAGUGGAUCAUCCUUACAUGACUCUACUCAUAGCUGGCCGCCUUUCGGAGUACGAGUCUCAGACAUAGUGAACGCGUUGGGGCGUGAAGUGCCACUGUCGGAGAUCAUCGACCCAGACGACAGAAGAAAAGUACAGUCUGCCGUGUUAAGACGGGUCGAAGCCGAGCUUCAAGCUGACAUAGAGCAAAGAAGUAACGACGCUAUCCAAGAACGCUGGCGGAGGAGGAGAUUCUACACAGACGUGGAAGAAGGCGGAUCGGCUCCCCAGGGCUAUACGGAAAUCGACAGCUCUGAUGACGGAACCGGAGACACCGGCGAAGCCAUCGACAGCAUAACCUCAGCAUCGGCAUCCAGACCUCUGUCGCCACGGUCUCGGUCCUCUUCCAAAGUCAGGUUCGAAGACAGCGUUACCGACACCGAUUACGAAACACGCUCAAACACGUCGUCGCGCAGCAUCCCCGUCGGCGAGCGGUGGGGUGGGUACGACAUCAGCGAGAUAGAGAAAGACGUGGGGAAGGAGAUCCUCUACCAAGCAGUGCAACAAGGCUUCAAUGAACUCCUCGAUCAACUGUUCAGAGAGAAGGAAGACCUGACCAUGGAAGCUCAUCGCACGCGGAAGGAACGCCGACAUCACGCAAAAGAAAUCCAAGCUUACGCUGCAGUGCUCAAAGCUGAGCCAGGACUCGGGGAUGCCGAUCACGAAUCCAAGCAGAAGAAGGAGAAAGCAACCCCGGCUGCGUCAGACCAAAGACCGGCACGCAAAGAAGUCGAACUGUCCACCCUCCUCCACGCAGCCGGCUACGGAGACGGCGACGCCGACUCAGACGCCGAGCUCGACGCAGACGCAGAUGCAGAUGCGCUAUCUCCAACCAACCCGCCACCCCCUCCACCCGACCAUCCCCUCUACACCCACCAAACCCAGAUCUACGGCUACCGCAUGCGUGACCACCUCUACAGGGAUCCAACCAUGCCGCAGUUCCGCCCUAACGACUCGGAAACCAUCGCCCCGCCAUCUGCCUCUGCCUCUGCAUCUGCAUCACCAUUCCCGUCCACCGGACCCACCACCACUACGACCCUGCCCUCCAUGCCACCCAUGAACGUAACAUCAACAACAACAACAGCAGCAUCCUCCCUCCCAGCACAGACCGCGCCAACCGACCUAUCCGACUUCUCCUCUCCGCAGACCAGGGAGAUGCUGACGAAAUACCUCCUCCACGACCGAAUCGACGCAGAAGCCAAGACGAGAGGUGGGUUCGGGAGGCUGGAUUAUGCCGAGUUCGUGCGGGGGAUGGUGGGGGAUGAUACCACCAACAACAACAAGAAUAACAGUAGUAGUGGUCGUGGCAGGACUGGGAAUGGGAGUGGGAGUAGGAGUGGGGCGGUUGGGGACGGAGACGUAGACGUAGACGUGACGGGACGCGGCAUCGGCGGCGACAAGCAGCAACAGUUGCAGCUGGGCCGCUUGGGGUUCGUGGGCAGCUGGAUCGAGAUGGCUAGUUUUUGA